AUGAAAUAUACUUCAAUCGCUACUUUAUUAUCAAUUGUUGCUACCAGUUUAGCUAAAGAUAUUGAAUUAUAUAUCAAAUCAGACAACGAUGAAGUCAACAACAAAGGUUUAGGCUUUAUCCAUGAAGGUGCUGGUAUAAAUUAUGCUCAAGUUGGUGAUGCUGCUCAAAACUUAAAUUAUAAUGAAGAAACUCAACUAAUUACUGAACCAGUUACAGUUAAUGGUGGUGCUCAAACUCUUGAUUGGCCAUUUGGUAUUGAUAAUGGUAUCUUACAAAUCAGUGUUACUAUUAAUAACCCACCAAAAGUUACCAUUGGUGAUGAUGGUUCAGUCUCAUUUGAAGGUUCAGAUUCAUUAUAUGCAAAGAAAAACAUUAACGAUCCAUACCGUUAUUCAGAAAAGUCAUAUUUCGUUGUUUCAGAGAAUGGUGAUGGUGCUAUUCCAAUUAAAUUAGUUGCUAAAACUGAAGGUAGUAACAAUUCAACUAAUACAAACAAUUCAACUACUUCUACUACCUCAGCUGCUUCAUCGGUAUCCGUUAUUGAAGGUGGUGCUGCUGUUGUAAAUGCUGGUUCAUUUGCUGCUAUUGCUGCUGCUGCCGUUGGUUUAAUGUUAUAA